GUUCCAUUAACCGUACGUGGCAGUCAGAGAGCGGAACACGGCUGUAGAGAGUGGUGCGCCUCUUCUAUUCCGAGUGUGCACUCCCAGGAACACACCAUCGUUUACAGGUUAUUCUGUAAAAAAAGACACUGUUUAUAGCUUCGGUGUUGUCAGACCACUGAAGUAAUGUUUACUGCAUCGGAGCUGGUUGUUUUGCUGGCAGUCCUCACUGCUACCGCGUCCGGCUACUUUGUUAGCAUAGACGCUCAUGCUGAGGAGUGCUUCUACGAGCGGGUCAACUCCGGCACGAAGAUGGGCCUCAUGUUCGAGGUGGCCGAGGGAGGCUUCCUGGAUAUCGAUGUAGAGAUAACAGGACCUGAUGGUAAGCAGAUUUACAAAGGGGACAGAGAGUCCAGUGGAAAAUAUUCCGUGGCUGCACACAUGGAUGGGACCUACAAGUUCUGCUUCAGCAACAAGAUGUCCACCAUGACACCCAAGAUCGUCAUGUUCACUAUCGACAUCGGAGAGGCACCUAAAGGCCAAGACAUGGAGACAGAAGGUGGUGACAGCUGGGAUGCUCACCAAAACAAGCUGGAGGAGAUGAUCAACGAGCUAGCUGUAGCUAUGACUGCGGUGAAACAUGAGCAGGAAUACAUGGAGGUUCGCGAGAGGAUACACAGAGCAAUUAACGACAACACAAACAGCAGAGUGGUCUUGUGGUCCUUCUUCGAAGCUCUGGUUCUGGUGGCCAUGACGCUUGGACAGAUUUACUACUUGAAAAGAUUUUUUGAAGUGCGACGAGUGGUGUAGUUGUGUUAAUCCAUCCCUGUGUCCUCCACUGUUUUCUCCAACACCAAGACAGUUAUUUACACUCAGAAAGACAAGACUGGCAGUUUUGAGAAAAGCCAACACCUGAUUUGAUCUCAGAUGUUUUUGUUUUUUCAUUUAUUCUGUUGCCUGUUUACUUCCCUCUUUAAUUGUAUGAUUGGAAAUGAAUGGCCAAAAGAGUUAGAUGUCAAAUUCAUUAGUUUUUCCUUCUUUUUUGGGCUUAACAAGUUUUUGAGUUUAUUAUAGUUCAGCACCAGUUACUAGUCCUAGUACAUUUUGGUUGUGCAAGUCACUGAGGUUUCUGUAACUGCAACACAAGAAAUACUCAAAAAUGCAUAUAAAUGGAAGGGCAUGUAUGGAGUCAUAUUUAAAUGGGCUAAAAGGAAAUUGGAACCCAUUAUCCAAGAGACAGGUGGCUAUUUCUAGUGUCAAAUUUCCCUGUGUUCUUGAGCUCUGCAGCCACUAAUUGCACUCCUUGGGUGAGUCUGAAGGAUUCCUGUUGUAGCUGGUCUUUAUGAAACAUUAGACAACCUCUACCACUGUCAUUGGAUUAAAAGUGAAACCGACCGGGGGGGGGGGGGCUUCAGUGGAUAUUGUUUUCAUGGAGAUGGUCUGUUCCUACUCCCUGUUAAGAAAAUCUGACCAGAUGACUUGACCACAUACAUAGUUCAUUUUUACUCAAUUUAAAACUUGACUGCAGGACCUGAGGGUCAGAUUUUAACUGAGCUGUUGGAGCUCCAAAACAAAGUGUGAUUGAAUACUGAAAUCUAUGUUACAUGUUGAUUUGGGUUGGGGGGAGGAGGAGUUUGUACACUUGAUAUAUUUUUGUUGUGCUUAGUUCUACAGUUAUCAGGGUUUUUGGUUUCACAAUGAUACUGUUUUAAAAUAUUUUCCAUAUUUUAUUUCUGGAGCCUGUUGAGUAACAUGCAGCUGUCAGGAGGAUGCCACUGUGUAAAAGCUACAUAUGCGGCAGUCACUGAGUGUUGCAUGUAACAAAAUAUGCUUCAGUUUUGUAUUAAAAAUCUUUGGCGAGCAGACACUGUAUCCAGAGCAGGCAGCCAGCCUGCUCUGGAUACAGUGACUCCUUUUUUGUGAUUGCAUCAAAAUCAGCUUCAUGGGUCUGUAAAAAUGUAGGAUGGCUCUCUGUGAAAUAAUGCCCCAGGUUUCAUAAUAAAGCCAAUAUUCUGUA